GAGACAAGUAGCUGCCUGGAUGGACUGGAAGGGGAGGCGGCGCCGUUGCCCGGGAGACGAGUGUAAACAAGUCGCUGCCGCCCAGAUAUGGAGCGUUGUGGGAAGAGGAGCCGGUCGGCGGAGGCCGCACAGCCACGGAAGCAUCAUCCUCUUCCGUGACCUUCUCAAGCAGUCCUUCAGGAUGGUGAAUUAUUUGCUUUCACUCCAGUUCUGUGAGGAAUGUGAAGGCUGAUGAGGCCACUGUGCGACCUGCAAACUCAGCUACAGAUGUCCACAAUCUGAGACUGGAAUACGUUGACUAUCAUCAAGCACAUUAUGGUGGAUUAUAUCCAACAGAUGGAGCCUCGGAACAAGCAAAUUCACAAGCCUGAGUACAAAAUAUUUACAUACGUACCAAAAGGAGAUCCCAGUAGAGGAUGGCAAAGCACCACAUUCACCUCAACAAUACCAACCAAAUAUCAAACUGUGAUGUGUGACAUCUCAGAGAAGAAAGGGUUUGGUUCUCGAGCAAAAAGGUUCGAUGACGAUUUAAACCAGAGGGAAAACCCAGGACCAGGUACAUAUAAUUACACUCACGUGCCACUUGAAAGUUUCAGCACCUCCUUCUCCAAAAGAGGAAUGGGUGGACUUGCAUCCAAAGCACCCCGUACGGAACGAAGAAGAGCUAUCCACACUCCGGGAGCAAAUGCAUAUAGCAUUCCUUCUACAAUUCUAUCAAAGAUGGACUAUCACUUAGGGAACAGCAGCAUGUUCCAUCCACCCAUCGCUAUGAAAGUGGACAGUAACAAAAACAGGACACCUGGCCCUAGUGAAUAUGAUAUUUCCAACGUUUUUCUGGGGAAAGUUAACAAUAUGUCUGCUGAGUCAGCAUUUUUAUCAAAAUCUAGGAGAGUGACAGACCCACAACGGGGGCUGAUCGGACCCUCCCCGUGCCAUUACAGAAUCAACCACUCCUUGACCAGAGAGUCACCAAAGGCAAUAAUUUCUUCUUUCAAAUCCAAGACCAUGCGAUUGCAGCAUCCAGCCGAGUCAAUGAGCCCAGGGCCGGCCACCUAUCAACCGUACAAAUCAAUGACGGAAGCCAGGACACAUUUUGCAUAUUUGCAUCCUUGGAAGAAACAUUACAUGUGUAUUUCUGCACCUCCGUUCCCAGUGAACAGAGACCCAACUCCCCCGGGCCCUGGCUAUUAUGAAGUGGCCAAUUUUCAUGAUCCACCAAAACACUACAUGACCAGCGCAGCAUUUGUGUCGAACACUAGUCGCUGGACUGGAAAUGUCCAAGGAAAAGAUAUUCCAGGGCCAGCCUCGUAUGUGCCAAAGAAAAAAGAAAAACAGUCAUUCCUGUACAAUGUUAAUAGGAAGUGGGUGCCAUUGUAGAUAUGGAUGGAAAAACCAGGCUGGAGCCCAUUCAAGGGCAGAUGGGACUACUUACUGUUGGCUGUACUUCAAAUCAGUUUACAUCACACAUGGGACAUGUACUAUUUUUGUUGAACUAGAUAGAGUUGUAGAAAAAAAAUGAUCGUAAUCGGAAUUUGAAGGUUAUUCACGAUUUUGGAUUGGUGGCUGCAUCACCUGCAAUGUGUUGUUCCUGCAUGGACUGUAUAGGAAUCCCUCCAGGUAAAAUGUACAGUUCUGUAGCAAUCAGUUAUUUUGCUCAGUUUGGCAAUAUUUCACUGAAGCUAUUAUUUUUAACAUUUGUCAAUGUAUUGAAGCUGUAAAGGUAUGCUUAAUUUAACCCUAAGAAAAGCUUUAAGCUUUCAAGUUCUUUGAACGAUCCCCUUGUAUUUUGCUACAAUAGAGGCAGUCGCAAUCAAGUUUGGUCAAUUUAUAUAUUGCAGGUAAAUUAUUUAAAAACCUGACAAGCGCGCCCAGUAGCCAAGGAACAAAAAUGUAUAAUAUGAAAUUAAUAAAUAUGAAUACAG